AUGGGUAAAGGACUGACAAAGCUAGCCGAAAUCAGCCUCUUCAUCGGGGGGUUCCUCGUCUUAUGGUACGUAACGGGGGAAACGAUAUUCAGGAGGAAAAAAAAAAUUGUAAAAGAAAACAUUUUACUUAUUCUAAGACAUCUUUGUUUAGAAAUUUAUAAAGUUCUGAAUGAAACUUCCAAGACGACGAAAAGUGUGUAUGACAUGAUAAAAAAUGAGCCGAACACAAGUAUAGAAUUGAACAAGUUGGAAGAAGUGCUACUGAAUAAUGGAUACAAGCAGAGGAUAGAAGAUGUGGAGAAAGAAGUGUUAAAGAAAUUUGAUGUAACCGUGGACGAUUUCUAUCAAGAGUUGAAAAACUACGAAAAAGAUGAAGACGUACAGAAGGUUCUAAACUCCAUAAAAAAAAUGUACCAUGAAUCGCUUCUAGGAAUACAGCCAAAGUUACCUUCCAUAGAUGAAAACAUAUCUCAGGAUGUCAUAUUAAAUCUAACUAGCUUAAUUUAUAAAAAAAAGAGAAAAAUUUAUAAAGAAAAAAUUGACUCUAUGAUUAAAAAAAAUGAAGACUUUAACUUAAACACGACUUUUUCAAAUUCCGAAUUUUUCAACAAACUUCAAAAAUCAACAGAACAUGUAGAAGAACAAGUUAUUAAGGAAAAUCAAGACUUAGUCCCCAAUUUAUUUACCUUUAAAUAUCUCGUGAAUUAUUAUUCCAAUGAUAUAAAUUUUAUGCAAAGAAAAAAAUAUCUUGAAUCAAAACAUGGAGAAAAGAUGAUCAAAAUUUUGAAAGUGAAAAAAAUUAAAAAGAAAAAAAAAAUUACGAAAGAUAAUUUAAGUAACAAUAGCGUUAAGAGUUUAGCUAGUCAGAACUCAUUCACCGAUCAUACUAGCUCCGAAAAAAACUUUUUCGUCUCCCCACUUGAUAAGCAGGAGGAUGUGGUGUACCGCGCGGGUAGCGAUAUCAGUGCUGGAAAUAAUGAGGACGCCACUCCACCAUAUGUAGAGAUGAUUCCAUCUUACCACCAUGUGGAGGAACUGAACAUGGAACAGGAUCAGGAACAGGACAAAUUCGAACCUACUGCUCCGUUAGAAGAACACAUGAUCGAUUUUGUUCAAAGUGCACAGAACAUUGAGGAGGUGCACGAGGAUAAGGUAGGAGCAGUUGACGAAGAGGAGAAGGAGGUGAAGGCCGCUCUACUAGGAGUAGUAGACCCCUCGGAUGGUGAAAUGAGUCCGGGAGAUUCUCCACUUUCGGCCCAAACGGAUGGCGGCCAUGCAAAUGAGGGAGAUGGUUGGAUUCACGGAGAAAAUUAUCACGAUGAAGGAGAAAAUCUCCACGUGUAUCAAACAAAAAUUGAAGACAACGCGGAAGAUGCUAAUGUAGGAAUGGACAACGAGGAAAAUGCUAAUGUAGGAAUGGACAACGAGGAAAAUGCUAAUAUAGAAAAGGAAAACGAGGAAAAUGUUAAUGUAGGAAUGGACAACGAGGAAAAUGCUAAUGUAGGAAUGGACAACGAGGAAAAUGCUAAUGUAGGAAUAGACAACGAGGAAAAUGCUAAUAUAGAAAAGGAAAACGAGGAAAAUGCUAAUGUAGGAAUGGACAACGAGGAAAAUGCUAAUGUAGGAAUGGACAACGAGGAAAAUGCUAAUGUAGGAAUAGACAACGAGGAAAAUGCUAAUAUAGAAAAGGAAAACGAGGAAAAUGCUAAUGUAGGAAUGGACAACGAGGAAAAUGCUAAUGUAGGAAUAGACAACGAGGAAAAUGCUAAUGUAGGAAUAGACAACGAGGAAGAUGGAAUGGGUUACCCAGAUGACAGAGACCAAACGGAGGAACCAUCGCAAACUAAUCAUAUUGAUCAGGAUGUAACCACGUUUUUGAAUGUCCAGGCGGAGGGGGAGGACGAGUGGGCUUCGGCCAUGAGCCAGGGGGUAGAUCCCUCUGUGCAGUUGGAGGAAAAGGAAGAAAGUCACAUGGAAAAAACGGAGCAGGAUAAUCUGGCGCUACAGGAGAGUGCAAAUGAAGAGGGAGGCGCCAUCAACGAUGAACUUCCGCAGGAGGAGAAUGAGCCGAUGAAUGGAGAGGCGGAUGGAGGAAAAGCAGAAGACGAACCUCUUCCACAGCAGGAGGACGAGGGUGUCGCAAUCGAAAUGGUAGAACCUGCAAAGGAAGAUAUACCAACGGAGGAACCCAUAAAAGAGGAACUACCAAUUGAUGAACCUGCAAAGGAAGAUAUACCAACGGAGGAACCCAUAAAAGAGGAGCUACCAAUUGAUGAACCUGCAAAGGAAGAUAUACCAACGGAGGAACCCACAAAAGAGGAACUACCAAUUGAUGAACCUGCAAAGGAAGAUAUACCAACGGAGGAACCCACAAAAGAGGAACUACCAAUUGAAGAACCCGCAAAGGAAGAUAUACCAACGGAGGAACCCACAAAAGAGGAACUACCAAUUGAUGAACCUGCAAAGGAAGAUAUACCAACGGAGGAACCCACAAAAGAGGAACUACCAAUUGAAGAACCCGCAAAGGAAGAUAUACCAACGGAGGAACCCAUAAAAGAGGAACUACCAAUUGAAGUACCCUCACAGGAAGGUGUACCAACGGAGGAACCCAUAAAAGAGGAACUACCAAUUGAAGUACCCUCACAGGAAGGUGUACCAACGGAGGAACCCACAAAAGAAGAACAAACGGAGAGCAAGAGAUUCGGAUUAGGAAAACCCUGGAAGAGAAAAAAGAACAAGAACAAGGAUUCGAAAGAAAAAUGA